CCGAUUAAGGCCAUUUAGCGUUUGAUGCACAUUUGUCUUAUGUGUCUUCUAGCCACAGCUCAAACACUGCUGUACUAAAUCAAACUCCAUGACCGUGUAAAGAAACACUGAAUUGCACUCCCACCGCUAUUAAUUCACAACUACUAUUAAAGGAUUUUGUACAUGAAACGUGCCGUGACAUAUGUUUCCAGGUGAGAUCAGGUGUGGGAGGAGCCAAAGAAGAACCCGCAGACAUCUGCAGAUCUGUGAACACACGUCAUGACAGGCCACAGGACAGGACACGGAGACUUUUAUUGGACUGAAGUAGAUGGAAGAAUCAACAGCAUGCCGUAGUAAAGAGGAUCGGAGGGAGGAAGUAAAGUGAAGAUUCAGGGCGAAGAGAUGGCACAGCAAGAAGAGCCCCUGUAUGACUUCCCAGAGCCUUCCCAGCCUUCAAAGUUUUUAGGACAUCAGAGGGGAUGGGGUUCUCUGAAAAGCAUCAGUGUACUGGACCGCCUCCUUCUCACUGUUCCUGUCUGGCUUCAGCUGUCAAUCAACCCGGCCACAGCGCUGCACAUACUGCAGAGGGAGCCUCCUGGGACCUUCCUUGUGCGGAAAUCUCGUACAUCCCAGAAGAAUGUGCUGUGUGUCCGUUUGGCAGACGACAGUGUGCCAUCCUUUGUACAGCAGUUCGGCAUCCGGGAGGAACAGUCCACUCUGUCUCUGGAGACUUCAGCCAUCAGCUUCCCAGACCUGCCAAGACUCAUUUCCUUCUACUGUGUCAGCAGAGAUGUACUGCCCUUCCCUCUGGAGCUCCCAGAAGCCAUUGCAAGAGCAACAUCCCACAAAGAGCUGGAGUCCAUCUCACAUAUGGGAAUAGAAUUCUGGAAUUCUCACCUAAAUGUCCGUGGACCACGUGAACCCCCUAAACCCCAGAAGGAUGAGAAGAAGCCAGACUCUGCACCCUCAGUACCACCCCCUGCUCCCCCACCAACUGAUGCUGUUCCUAAGUUGAAACCAGACCAGCAACCAAACCCAGACAGCCAGGUCACCACAGCAUCCGGCUCUGAAACUGUCACCAAAAAGUCCGGUUCCAACCCAACACUGUUCCACGAGUUCUGUCCGAUCAAGACUCGGAGCCCUCGAGAGCUGGACUGCGGUUCUGGUCUGGGUGCACUCUGCUUUAUAAACCCUCUUUUCUUGCAGUCUCUGAGCAAGCGGCGUAUGUUCAAACGCAGCCUCAAGGUUCGGGUUUCUACAGAGUCUUCAACGUUACUGUCACCCCCCCUCGCUCCCCCACCGCCACCACCCCUCGUGCCCAAAACCAAGAGGAAAUGUAAAGCCCAGAAACAAGGACCAGGAGCAGCUCAAAACCCAGCUACCCUGAACGAGACCACUCAGAUUACUCCCACAGCUCAGGACAGCCAGCCCCAGAUGCCGGGCAUGUGCAGUGAGGACCAAGUGCAGCCUCCACCAGCCACUCUACCCAUUCAGUUUGAGGUGCAGGAGGGUCAGACUAUGGCUGGACUCAUGGAAGACGAGGCUACGGCUCAGAUACUGACGGUCAAAGAGAAUCUAGUAGAAGACUCCAACUACAUGCAGCCUUCGCCAGUAGUGAAUUCUUCCCUUUGUGCUUCACUCUCUUCUUAUCUGUCGCCCUCUGUGGCUCCCAAAGCACCUCCCCUUUCACCUAAAAUGUCUCCAUCACUCUCUCUUCACAACUCUCCCAGUGCUUCACCCUCACUCUCACCCUAUCAGUCCCCGUCUCUCUCUCCUAGGCUUCCCCUUUCUCGGUCUCCACAUGACUCACCCACUGCUUCACCCUCUCUUUCACCCUAUCAGUUACCCUCGCCUUCUCCUAAGGUCCCUUUCCUCCUCUCUCCUUUCACCUCUCCAUCCUUUUCUCAACUGGCCGAGGAGGCCUAUCACAUCCCAGUCGCCCUUUCAAGAUCAGAUCUACAAAGAGAGCAGGUAGAAGAUGAAGAGGAGGAUGGAGAAGAUGAUGAGGAAAAAUAUGACGAGGCACGCAAAGAGAUGGAAGACGAAGAAAAUGAUCUCCUUCUGCAGAUUAAUGCUGCUUCGUUGUGUGAUACAGACAGCUGCAGUUCUUUCAGUAGCCAGGAGGAGGCAGCAGAGACCCCAACUCAAACACUGGACAAACAGGAUGAUGGGACAACAAUCAAUGAUUUAGAUUGUACAUAACUAUCAUAUAUUGUGAAUCAUAUCAUAUGUACAUUCUGAAAAUGCUUCAAAGUAAUUUGUUGAUUUUCUUCCUGUGAUUUAUGGCCUAGGUGUAACAAAAAUAAACUACAAAGAUCUUA